AAUUUCCUAGCUGCAUCUUUCUGACAGUGAAAACCAGGCGGGUGCGCUAGUGACUUCCCAGAUAGGACUCCCGAUUAUCGAUUCCUGAAUUUCUGGAGAGUGGCGAACGUUGCUGUGGUGGAGUGUACACAGCUGAUCGAUUUCCUCUACUCAGUGCUGGGUCCUACCCACAUUUCGUGUUAGUUUUCCGGUUAAAGAAGAAUCCAUAAUUUGAACACAUCGAUAGGUGGUGAAAUAAAGGUGACCAGCCCUUUGAAAUACGAAAACCAAGGCACUCUAGACUUUUAUCGUGGGUUGAAAUACCACUGGGAUAUUUUGGAGACCACAUGGCAGGAGCCGAUCCCAAAUGGCAGAAAGAUGCUGCCGAUCAAAACUUCGACUACAUGUUCAAACUCCUCAUAAUCGGAAACAGUUCAGUAGGAAAAACCUCCUUUCUAUUCCGAUAUGCAGAUGACAGCUUUACGUCGGCCUUUGUUAGCACUGUGGGUAUCGAUUUCAAAGUGAAAACCGUUUAUCGUCACGAGAAACGGGUGAAGUUACAAAUAUGGGAUACAGCAGGUCAGGAAAGAUAUCGAACAAUUACAACCGCUUACUACAGAGGCGCUAUGGGAUUCAUUCUUAUGUACGAUAUAACGAACGAAGAAUCCUUCAACAGUGUGCAAGACUGGGUGACCCAAAUAAAAACGUACUCCUGGGACAACGCCCAAGUAAUCCUGGUGGGAAAUAAAUGUGACAUGGAGGACGAGAGAGUCAUAAGUUUCGAGAGGGGUAAACAACUUGCUGAUCAACUUGGCGUUGAAUUUUUCGAAACGAGUGCUAAAGAGAACGUGAAUGUUAAGGCUGUCUUCGAGAGGCUGGUGGACAUAAUAUGUGACAAAAUGUCUGACAGCUUAGACACAGACCCCACAUUGAUGAGUGGUGGUGGUAAAGUUCCGCGCCUCACAGACGCCCCACAAGGACCACAAGCUGCCAAUUGCAACUGCUAAUAGCUCGACUCAUGUCCAUAUAUAUGUUUCAAAUCAACUGUAACCAAGUUGACCAGAAUUUAUUGAAAUACGUCUGAUGUUCUCUUCAUUCCAAUCGAGACUGACAAUACGCAUGUGUAGUAUUCAAAUAAUGUUCAAUAAUCUGCGCCUGGAAACGUCCUCUCAAUUUCAUACAAGGAUUCACAAAACAGUUUUAAAUGUAUCUUAUUGAAGAAAUCUCGAAAUUUGGUGGAAUUCAUGAUGUGAAUUCUCGUACGAAUUAUACGUUUCUUUCAGAACUCCUUUUUUCAGACUGUUAGGCAAUGAAACAUUUUAUGUAUAUUAUGAAAGUGCAUAUUCGAUGUGGAUAUUUAGAAUUUACAAACCAAUCAAGCUUAACACUGCUCCUUCAAAAAAGAGUGAUUUGAAGGGCUACUAUUUUCCAAAGACAAAGCUCAGAAAUUCUUUAAAUUUCACGCUCAUUCUCAUUAUUUUUAUUUUGA